UCAGUCACAGGAUGCAGAAUUUGCUCCGGUUCGGAGACGGCGCAGGACGGCAGGCUUAGCUCAAGGGAGAAGCGUUCACCCCAGAGAGUCAACAUCCAAUGUGCGCGUGUGUGAGUGUUGUGUGUACCGGCGUCGUGUACUCUACCCCAGAUCCCAUUCGUCCAGUCGUUCGAACACUCCCUCCCCUUUGUGCGUGGGAUGGAUGACCAAACUCCGCAAAGUUCCCAAUCCCCCAGACUUUACCCCAGACGCACCGAUACGCCACUUGUCAGUUCCUUUACCAGCUCGGGGACUGGAGCGUGAGCUCUGACACAUCCAUAUAACAACGGCAACCCCUGGACAGUCGAGUUCUGAUUUCCGUCUCCCCCCCUUAAGAUUUCUUCUUCAACCCCCAGCUUUUGCCUUGGAGUUCAGAGUUCAGAGUUCAGACCGUUACAACACGCACCGAAUCGGGUCAAACCUUGACGAACUCAGAUAGACAACCUCGACGACAUCAAACCAUCAUGGCUCUCCUCGCACUCGUCGAGGACCGCCCGACGCCCAAGGCGGUGUACAACUGGCGCGUCUACUUCUGCGCAAUCAUCGCGUCCUUUGCCAGUUGCACCAUUGGCUACGACUCUGCCUUCAUCGGAACCACGCUGGCUUUGGAAUCCUUCACUACCGAAUUCCAGUUCGAGACCUACAGCAAGGAUGGCUUGGCUCUCCUCAAGUCCAACAUCGUCUCCGUCUACCAGGCCGGCGCCUUCUUCGGAAGUCUGUUCGCCUAUGUCAGCAGUUACUUCCUCGGCCGCAAGAAGAGUUUGAUGGUUUUCACCCUCGUCUUCCUUCUGGGCGCCGGUAUGAUGCUUGGUGCCAACCGCGAGCGUGGCCUCGGCCUCAUCCUCGGUGGCAGAGUCCUCGCGGGCAUCGGUGUGGGUGGCUGCUCCAACAUGACCCCCAUCUACAUCUCCGAGCUUUCGCCCCCGGCCGUUCGUGGACGUCUCGUCGGAAUCUACGAGCUGGGCUGGCAGAUUGGCGGUCUCGUCGGCUUCUGGAUCAACUACGGAGUCGACUCUACCAUGGAGCCCAGUCACUCUCAGUGGCUGAUUCCCUUCGCCGUCCAGCUGAUCCCCGCCGGCCUUCUGUUGAUCGGAGCCCUCUUCAUUCCCGAGUCCCCCCGUUGGCUCUUCUCCAAGGACAGGAGAGAGGAGGGACUGAAGGCACUUUGCUGGAUGAGAAAUCUGUCUCCUGAUGACAAGUACAUUGUUGAGGAGAUGAGCUACGUUGACGCCGAGCUCGAGCGAUACCGCACCGAAGUCGGUGCUGGUUUCUGGAAGCCUUUCGCAUCGCUCAAGGACCGCAAGGUCCAGUGGCGCUUCUUCCUUGGUGGCAUGCUCUUCUUGUGGCAAAACGGCUCUGGUAUCAACGCCAUCAACUACUACAGCCCGACCGUCUUCAGGAGCAUCGGCAUCACCGGCACCAACACCAGCUUCCUCACAACAGGCAUCUUUGGCGUUGUCAAGACUGUUGUCACGUUUGUCUGGCUGCUCUGGCUUAUCGACCACCUUGGCCGCCGCAACCUCCUCAUGAUCGGCGCCAUUGGCGGUUCCCUUUGCAUGUGGUACAUUGGCGGUUACCUCGCCCUUAACCCGGCCUCUGGCAACACUGGCGGUCUUUCCGGCGGCGGUAUCUCUGCCAUGGUUUUCUUCUACCUCUGGACAGUGUUCUACACUCCCUCAUGGAACGGUACCCCUUGGGUAAUCAAUUCCGAGAUGUUCGACCAGAACACCAGAUCGCUCGGCCAAGCAAGUGCGGCUGCCAACAAUUGGUUCUGGAACUUCAUCAUCUCUCGUUUCACCCCGCAGAUGUUCAACGCCUGGGACUACGGAGUCUACUUCUUCUUCGCAUCCCUCAUGAUUUGUUCGGCCAUCUUCAUCUUCUUCCUCGUGCCUGAGACGAAGUCCGUGCCUUUGGAGACGAUGGACCGUCUGUUCGAGAUAAAGCCUGUGUGGAGAGCAAACAAGACCAUCAUGGCGGAGCUGGCAGAAGAGCAGAGCUUCAGGUUCUCUGAUGAUGGGCUCGGCGAGAAGUCUGAUGACGCGGAAAUCAACCAGGUAGAGAGGAAGGAGAGCGCUUAACGAACGGGUUCACGGUUUACUAAUACGAAUUGAAGGACGUUUGAAUGGGUAGAGAGAGCAAUUAGGUGUACAUUCCAAGAUUCCAAUCUUAAGGAAUUCACAUGCUUCAAUCCCGAACCGAUUCAUCGAGUGAUAAAAGAAACCGCCUUAUCACAACCCGAGAAAAGAGAUGAUUAAGUACAAGCACAAGCACAAGCACAAGCCGGGCUGUAUAAAGCAGUGUGGAGAAAGAUACCAAAAGAGAAGAGUGAAGACAGAGAGAUGACCAGAGCGAGGGUGUCAGCCGAGGGUCAGCGGAGGUGCUGCAUGGUCACAAUAGUUAGCACCAAGCGAUGUACAAAGUACCUGGUGAUUGUUGGGAGUAUCCCACGCCAGAACAUGAGCCCGCCCCGGGGGCCCCUUGACAACACCCAGGUAGGCGUCAAGGGUUCUGAUCCUGUGGAGUGAAGACAAGUUUGUGUCGAGGCAGUAGACUUAGAAAAUCACAUAAUGUUAAGUCAAGCCAGGCCAAGCCAGCUUGUG